CGUGAGCGCGCAGCAAUUCGCGCCAGCGAUGAUGACAGCAGACGACAAUUUACUUGAUACGCAUCAUAUCACUGUUAAAAUUUCACACAAUUUCUUUAUUAAAUUACAUAUCAUUCUACUAUCAUAUCAAUGCUAUAAAUGAAAAAAAACAUAAUUAUAUGUAAAUAAAAUAUAUCUUUAAUGAUUAAAAUUUGAUGAAUUCUUUGUGAAAGUGUUAAGUGUUAAAAAAAAGCGCACAACAUGGAAGUAUUAGAUCCUAGUAUCUCGAGAGAUGAUCAGCCUUUGUGCGUUAAUGAUUUUUUGGAAAAAGACAUUCAAGGUUUCCAAAGACCUCGUAGCGUGGGAAGGCAUUGUUUGGAAACAAAGAAUUGAUAGGGUGACACAUAAAUUAUUCGCAAUACUGUCAGCUGUCAAGCAAUUUCUAAAUGUUAUUUUAUGCGGAUCAUAGAUCGGACAUUCUGAAAACUUUUUAAUGAUUAUUUUUCUUUUAAGAAUUUACUAUACCAGAUAUUCCACCUGAUACAAAAUCAUGCAUAAAAGCAAGGCAUACAUUAGGUUUUUUAGGAUUUCUAGGAUUUGCACUUGUGUAUGCCAUGAGAGUGAAUUUAUCUGUGGCUAUUGUUUCAAUGGUUAAUCAAACAGCAGUACCACAUGAUGAUGAUAAUGAUACUACAGAUGUUUGUCCUAAAGAAAAACCAAUUAAUGGAACAUUUACACCAAGUGCAGGAGAAUUUAAUUGGGAUGAAAAAAUACAAGGUAUUAUAUUGGGUGCUUUUUUCAUUGGUUAUGUAACUACAAAUGUUCCUGGUGGUAGAAUGGCGGAAAAAUUUGGUGGAAAACUCAUAUAUGGAUUAGGAGUAUUUCUGACUGCUGUAUUGACUGUAAUUAGUCCUUUUGCAGCUUAUUUAGGAUUGAUACCAUUCUUAGCUGUACGGGUAGCAGAAGGAUUUACAGAGGGUGUAACAUUCCCUGCAAUGCAUAGCAUGUUAGCACUCUGGGUACCUCCUUUAGAAAGAAGCAAAUUUGCUGCUGUAGUAUAUGCAGGUGCAAAUUUUGGAACUGUCAUAUCUUUACCAGUAAGUGGAUGGCUUUGUUCAUUAGAAUUUUGGGGUGGAUGGCCUCUUGCAUUUUAUUUAUUUGGAGGGCUUGGUAUUAUAUGGUAUGCAUUUUGGCUAAUUUUUGUGUUUGAUACACCUGCACAACAUACAAAAAUUGAUCCUUUAGAAAGAGCAUAUAUUGAAGCUACUGUAGAAAAGAAGGAUGAGGAUGAUACGGGAGUUCCUUGGUUAUCAAUAUUUACAUCACUGCCCAUGUGGGCUAUAGCUAUUACACAAUGUGGACAAUCAUGGGCAUUUUAUACACUUUUGACAGAAUUACCAACAUAUAUGGAUAAAAUUUUGCAUUUCGAUGUACAACAGGAUGCAUUCUUUUCAGCACUGCCUUAUUUAAGUUCUUGGUUAGUCGGUCUCGGUAUUUCAAGUUUCGCAGAUGCUCUCCUUGCCCGUCAGCUUUUAUCUCCUUUAACAUCGUUCAAGUUAUGGAACACAGUGGCUUCAUUAGGACCCAGUCUCAGUUUUAUUGGUGCUAUUUGGGCUAAAUGUGAUCGUAUGAUGGUUCUGAUGAUGCUUGCUGGAUUAGGAUCUCUACAAGGUGCAGUUUAUGCAGGAAAUCAAAUGAAUCAUAUUGCAUUAGCACCUCGAUUUGCGGGAACUCUUUAUGGACUUACAAAUGCUGCUGCAAAUGCAUGUGGAUUUUUAGCUCCAUAUGUUAUUGGAAUGAUUGUUCAGGGACAUGAAACAUUGGCACGUUGGCAUACAGUAUUCUGGUUAGCAGCAGGAAUAAACAUGGCAACUAAUUGUUUUUAUUUAAUUUUUGCAUCUGCCACAGAGCAACCAUGGAGUAGAGGUAGUAGUUGAUGACAAAAUUUCGUUACACACGAAAUAUUUAAUAUGGAAAAUAAUUUACCAUUGGAUCAAAUUGCGCUUAGUUCAUUUUAGUUAAUUUUUAUAAUAUUGAUCGCUUCUGUCAUUUAGGCACAAAGUUUUUUUUUUAAUUUCAAGUUUGAUAUAUAUUAAUAAUUUCUUAUUGAAUGAAAUAUUUCAAUCAAUGAGUUAUUAUAUUAUUUUGGCAAAAUAAUACAUGAUUACAUUAGCUAAAUUAAUAAUUAGUAAAAAUUUAUUUGCAUCAGUAUUAAAUAUUAUAUUAAUGAAGUUCAAAUAUUGAACUUUGUGUAUCAUUCCAAUGUUCACAUGACAAUAUGACUUUUAAAGCUUUUAUUUUUGAUUUUUAAUUUAAUAU